UUAAUAUAUCUAUUUUGCCGACCGAUGAAAAGAACAACAGAGUCUCACACACACCCAUCUUCGCCAGAUGCACGAUUUCUUCGGCUCCGUUCGUCGAUCUCUUGUUCUCCGUCCUACCGCCGACGACGAUAACCAGGAGAACCAGCCUCCAUCUCCCGGUCUUCUCGCCGAUAAGAUCACUUCCUGCAUCCGCAAAUCGAAGCUUCUUACCAAACCCUUCUCCUCCUCCUCGCCUCCUCCUACUGCUACCGCCGUAGAUAUGGCGCCUCCGAUUUUAUGGAGGAAAGGUCAGUUAAUUGGCCGCGGCGCGUUUGGCACGGUGUACAUGGGUAUGAAUCUUGACUCCGGUGAGCUUAUCGCCGUUAAACAGGUUCUAAUUGCAGCCAAUUGCGCUUCCAAGGAUAAAACUCAGGCUCAUAUUCAGGAGCUUGAAGAAGAAGUUAAGCUUCUCAAAAAUCUCUCCCAUCCUAAUAUAGUUAGAUAUUUGGGUACAGUGAGGGAAGAUGACACCCUGAAUAUCCUUCUCGAGUUUGUUCCUGGUGGAUCUAUUUCAUCGCUCUUGGAGAAAUUUGGACCUUUUCCUGAAUCAGUUGUCCGUACAUACACGAGGCAGCUGCUUUUAGGGUUGGAGUACCUGCACAAUCAUUCCAUUAUGCACAGAGACAUUAAGGGGGCUAAUAUCCUUGUGGAUAACAAAGGAUGCAUUAAACUUGCUGAUUUUGGUGCAUCCAAACAAGUAGCUGAGUUGGCUACGAUUACUGGUGCAAAAUCUAUGAAAGGGACACCAUAUUGGAUGGCUCCGGAAGUUAUUCUUCAAACUGGACAUAGCUUCUCUGCUGAUAUAUGGAGCGUAGGCUGUACAGUUAUUGAAAUGGUGACUGGUCCUUGGAGUCAGCAGUAUAAAGAGGUUGCUGCUAUCUUCUUUAUUGGAACAACAAAAUCACAUCCUCCAAUACCUGAUACCCUCUCCUCUGAUGCAAAAGAUUUCCUGCUCAAGUGUCUGCAGGAGAAACCAAAUCUGCGGCCAACCGCAUCUGAGCUACUUAAGCAUCCUUUUGUUAUCGGAAAACACAAGGAGUCUGCUUCUACUGAUCUUGGUUCCAUCAUGAACAAUGCUAGUACUCCCCUACCGUUAAAGAUAAAUAACACUCGGAGCUCUCCAGGUUCUACAUGCGACGAUGUAGGUGACAUGUGUAACUUGGGCAGUUUGAAUUGUUCACUUCUAUAUCCUGUGAAAUCAAUCCAAAACAGUAAUUUAUGGCAACUGCAUGAUAAUGGAGGUGAUGAAGACGAUAUGUGUUUGAUUGAUAAUGAGGAUUUCUUGACAUUUAAUGGGAAAGCAACGCCUAUCCUUGAAAACAGUAGUGAUCUGAAGAAGAGCUGUGAUGCCAUAAGUGAUAUGUCCAUUGCUUUGAAGUCCAAAUAUGAUGAAAGUCCUGGUAAUGGAGAGAAAGAGACUAUAACGAGCAUGGAAUGUGACCAACCUUCAUACUCAGAGGAUGAUGAUGAGCUGACCGAGUCAAAAAUUAAAGCUUUCUUAGAUGAGAAGGCUGCAGAUCUAAAGAAGUUACAGACGCCUCUUUAUGAAGAAUACUACAAUAGUUUGAUCACAUGCUCUCCCGGCAGUAUGGAGAGUAAUUUAAGUAACAGUAAAAGAGAGGACGCUGCUCAAGGUUUCCUGAAACUGCCUCCAAAAAGCAGGUCACCGAGUCGGGGUCCUCUUGGUGGUUCCCCUUCGAGAACAAUAGAUACAACUAGUUGUUCCAAGAGCCCAGGAAGUGGUGGUAGUCGUGAAUUGAAUAUUAACAAUGGAGAUGAUGAAGCUUCACAGGAUGGUUUAUCCGCUCGGGUCACUAAUUGGAGGGCUCUCGUUGUUGAUACUGAACAAGAAUCAAGCCAGAGUGCUGCUCUUUCAGAGAUAGAGAAGAAGUGGAAAGAAGAACUUGAUCAAGAACUGGAAAGAAAGCGACAAGAGAUCAUGCGCCAAGCGGGGUUGGGAUCAUCCCCGAGAGGAAGAGGCUUGAGCCGACAGAGAGAGAAGUCGAGGUUUGCAUCUCCAGGAAAGUGACAUGUGCAAAAAUCUCUCUGUCUCUGAUGCUAGACUUGCCAGAAACGGGUAGAGAUGUCGUCGUAAUCUUCGGCUAUUGAUUUUUGAUUGCUCGACUAGUAUAUAUGUACAUAUGGAAUUCUUAUUUUGCUGUGAUGAUGAAAAGUAGAAACGAGGUUUGGUCUGAAUAUAUGAUUCUGAGCUGGUUGUUGAAGGUA